GCGCCAAACCUAAGUUCGCCGCCGUGCCUCUGGCACUACGUGGGGUGCCCCAAGGCUCAUGCAGCCACGAGAGGUCGAGGGUUUGCAUGGGCCCAGAGCGCUGGUUUCCCUGGCGCUCCUGGGCGCGCGCUGCGCUAUCGUGAUGCGAUUGUCGCACCGCCCCCUGCUCCCGAGUCUUUUCGGCGCGGGGCUAUCGGCAGCAGCGCCGCGGGAGUGCAUUCGGCGCGACGGCCGCCCACCGCUGCGCAGAGACCCCCGGGCGGGGGCCGAGCGCCGGGCGGUGCGGGUCGGAGGAACCAGGGGAGGGGUGUGGAGAGAGCGGCGGGAAGGGGAAAAGAGAAAAGGGAAGGCGCGCUGGAAACGGAACUGGCCCCCACAGCCGCGCGCUCGGCUCGGCCAGUGGCUCCUCGACAGAGCACCGUGGCGGACGGCAGCGGGGGGCAACUUACCAGGGGAGGAGGAGGAGGGGGAGAAGGAGGAGGAGGAGGAGGAGGAGGAGGAGGAGACGAGAAGCACUGAUGCGUGUGCCCCAGGAAGGCGUGGCCCAGAAGCGCAGAGCCUGGGCUCGGGGGCACCUCCGCACCUCUGCUCCCGACGGCAGGCAGCGAUGAAACGGUGUCAUUUGGAUCCGCAGGGGGUACUCGCGCGGGGGUUGCAGAUCUAUUGGCAGCGGGCCCCGCCGCACAUUGGCGAAGGGCGUGAUCGAGCUCCUCCUCCUCCUCCUCCUCC